AUGUCAUACAAGCUAAAUUUUGUGCGUUCUAUUGUUAGAAAUAAUCAACAAAGACAACAGGCCUUGAAUAUGAUUCGAAGGAAUUACGCUCCUUCACCGAUCCCACAGAAACCAACAGUUCCGUAUCCUGUAGAUACCACUGUUGGUCCAAUGCUUCGCUAUCAAAAAUCACUUCCGAAACUUCCUGUUCCCCAACUCUCCGAAACUUUGGAAAAAUAUCUCAAGAGUGUUCGAGCCAUUACUAACGAUGAUGAAUAUACAAAAACUCGAGCUAUUGUUGCAGAAUUUCAGAAACCUGGUGGUGUUGGUGAAGAAUUACACAAACGACUCUUGGAAAAAGCAAAUAAUCCCAAUGUGAUUAAUUGGCUUGAGGAUUGGUGGAACGAGGCUGCAUAUUUCGGUUAUAGAGAUCCGGUCGUUGUCUAUGUGAGCUAUUUUUAUGCCUAUAAAGACGACAAACUUCGUAGACACCCUACCGCUCGAGCCGCUGCCAUUGUAACUGCUGCUUUGGAGUUUCGAAGACUUAUCGUCGAGCAACAAUUGGAACCAGAAUAUGCAAAAAAUCUUCCUCUUUGCAUGGAUUCAUAUAAAUGGAUGUUCAAUGCCUGUCGCUAUCCGAAGAAACCAUCUGAUUUUGAAUUAACCUUUGAUCCCGCAACCAAUAAUCAUAUGACUGUCAUCCGAAAAAAUAAGGUCUUCAUUGUAGAUUUGGUUAAAGAUGGUAUACAACUGUCAACCGCUGAAAUAGAAAGCCAAUUAAGGAAGAUUCAUGAAUUGGCUGGUAACACGAAGGAUCCUGCAAUCGGAGCUCUUACCACUGAAAACCGUGAUAAUUGGGCAGAUUAUCGAGAAUUACUUUUAGCUGCAGGUUCAAAUGAACAAUUAUUGAAAAAGAUAGAAAGUUCGGUCUUCGCUCUUUGUUUAGAUGAUACAUCCCCGGUUACACGUGACGAGAUUAGUCAUGCUUGCUGGGUCGGGGAUGGUCGUAACCGCUAUUUUGACAAGUCUUUACAAUUUAUAGUUUUUGAGAAUGGAAAAGCUGGAUUUUGCGGUGAGCAUUCUUCUAUGGAUGGGACUCCAACAUGCCGACUAAACGAUUUUGUUUGUGAUGUAAUUGCCAAGAACAAAAUUAAUCACGGUUCUACUAAUGUUCGAUCAAACCUACCGGAACCUGAGCAACUUCAUUUUACUUUGAACAAUGAUAUUUUUGAUGCUAUCGCAAAGGCUGAAAGUAACUUUGAUUCCCUUGUUUCAAAGCAUGAUUUACGUGUAUUGGCUUACCAGGGAUAUGGUAAAAAUGGUAUUAAAAAAUUGGGAUUCUCACCGGACGCAUAUGUACAAAUGAUAAUUCAAUUGGCAUACUACAAAAUGCACGGAGUUUGUAGGUCAACAUAUGAAAGCGCUCAGACCAGAAAGUUUGCUCAUGGUAGAACUGAAGUUUGUAGAACUACAUCCGUUGAUUCUGUUAAUUGGGUAAAAGCUAUGGAGGAUCCAAAAAUUCCACUAGAAGUCAAGGCAGAUUUGGGUCGUAAGGCGGUACAAUCACACGUAAAAUACAUGUCCGAAGCUGUUGAAGGACGUGGUUGUGACCGCCAUUUAUUUGGUCUUCGUAUGUCUCUAAGACCAGGAGAGGAAAAACCAGCAAUGUUUACUGAUCCUACAUAUACUAAGUCAACGCAUUGGAGCCUAUCAACUUCACAACUUUCAUCAGGAUAUUUCGAUGGAUAUGGAUGGGGAGAAGUAGUUCCUGAUGGAUAUGGCAUUGCAUAUCAAGUUAAUCCCAAUGUAUUAAGCUUUAAUGUUGUUUCAAUGCAUUUGAACAAUCAACAAAUGUGUCAUUAUCUUAGAGAGGCAGCAGAUGAGAUGAAAGAAGUGUUCGAACAUGCACAGGCAAAGGAAGGCCGUGUUUCAGCAAAAUUAUAA